UAAAAAUGGCCGCCGUGGAGAGCGGAGAGGAGAGACUAGAGGAGGGUCAAGAGGGUGAGGAAGGACCUGUCGACCCCCAGCCGCCCACCAGAGAGAGAGACAGGUCCCACAGUAAGACCAAGAAGGCCCGCAGGGAGCGUCGCCAUGCCGACCGGGGGGGCGAGACCACAUCGGCGGCGAAGCCCCCAACAGCCGGGCUGCAGCCACAGAUGGGGGCGGAGGCACAGACCCAGGUGUUGGAGCCAGUGGCAGGCCCUUCAGAGCCAGGGUCAGCACCAGGUUCAGAAUCUGCAGCAGGAAGUGAGUCCGCAGGUUCUCCCAGGCAGCGGCGCUCCAUCAUCCGGGACCGUGGGCCGCUGUACGACGACCCAUCACUGCCUGAAGGCUGGACCCGCAAACUCAAACAAAGGAAGUCUGGACGCUCUGCGGGGAAGUUUGAUGUCUACCUGAUCAACUCAGAGGGUAAGGCAUUUCGUUCCAAGGUGGAACUUAUUGCCUACUUCCAAAAGGUUGGUGACACAACCACCGACCCCAAUGAUUUUGAUUUCACUGUCACCGGACGUGGAAGCCCCUCCCGCCGUGAGAAACGUCCUCCCAAGAAACCGAAGGUGGUGAAACCAUCGGGGCGAGGCCGUGGGCGACCCAAAGGCAGUGGGAAGAUGCGGCAAGCCACAGAGGGCGUGGCCAUGAAGCGCGUGGUUGAGAAAACACCGGGCAAACUGCUGGUCAAGAUGCCCUUCAGCAAGGCAGAGUCCUCCACUGGCACCACCUCCACUGCCACAAAGGUGGUUUCUCCUGCCCUGGUGCCCAAGUCCCGUCCCGGGAGAAAGAGGAAAUCAGAACAGGAACUUCCGCCCCCACCACAGACUGCCCCCAAGAAACGGGGCAGGAAACCAGCCUCGGCUUCAACAGCAUCAUCAGUUGCCACAGCAUCCACCUCCUCCGCAUCAACCUCUGGUAGUUCAACAGCUGGGAGCUACGCUGCAGCUGCCAUAUUAGCUGCUGAGGCCAAACGGAGAGCAGCCAAGGAGUCUUCCACCAAACCUGUUGUCCAGGAAACAGCUCUGCCAAUCAAAAAACGCAAAACGAGAGAGACUGUGGAGGAGAGGGAGAGUGUUCAGACUCCAGUGGCUACGACAACAGAGACUGGAAGGAGGUCUACUGCAGAGGGGGAGGGAGGAAUAGGGGAGGGGGCUCCAACAUCAGAUCCUCCGCCCGCCCCAUCUGAGCACAGUCAGUCACAUUCACAGAAGCAGCCCAUGGCUUCAGAUGAAAGCCAAUCCCAUGGACACAAGACACAUAAAGGGAGGAAGCACAAAGAAAAAACAGGAAUAGCAGCAGGAGAUGGAGAAAGCAGAGGAGAGGAAGUGGGUGAAGAUGUAGGUGAUAAGGGAGGAGAGGGAGGAGGAAGGAGUAGCAGCAGCAGCAGUAGCAUUAGCCCAUCAAAAAGCCACAAAAGGAAGGACCGGCCACCUCACAAACACCACCAUCAUCACCACCACCACCACCAUCAUCAUCGCCACCAACAGUCCUCUGCCUCCACAUUGGAUCAGCCUCCUCCUGUUCCUCCUCCUCCAGCCUCUGGACACCCAGCACCCUCCAGCCAGUCCAGGCCUGAAGUCGAGUCCCAGACUGUGCCUCUGAUCACCACCCAACAAUCGCAGCAUACCCAGCAAACUCCUCCCAGACCACAGUCCAAGUCUGUGCCUCAGUCCCUGCCUGAACCUUGGCAUCCUCCCCCUCAACCACGCCACCAGGCCCAACCCCGUCCCCAACAACAUCCCCAGACCCAGUCUCCCAGUCAGCCGCAAGCUCAGCCUCGAUACCCAGCGCCCCAGUCCUCUUCUACCAGGCAUGUCCUGCCCCAGCCACGGCCCCAACAACCUCAAACCCACAGUCAGCCGCAGACAUCCCCCCAAAAAGCCCAGUCACAACCUGUCCACUCCCCAGCCCAGCACCGAACCCAGCUUCAGGCUCAGCAUGCUCCACCUCAGUCACACCCUCCUCAGUCCCCAUCCAUUCUGCACGUUCAUCCGCCCCAAACAAGGCAUCCACAUCCACAAACCCAGUCCCCCACAGCACUCCAACCUCAAACCCUGCCCAGGCACCCGUCUCAACCCCAGAGCCAGCUCAAACAGCAAUCUCAAUCCCAGCCCCGGCACUCACUGCAGCCUCAACUCCAACCCCAGGCCAGGACCCCAACCCAACUUCAGACUCAAUCUCAGUCCAGAACCCCUGCCCAAAUGCAGCCUCAAAUCCAGCCCAGAACUCCAGCCCAAACGCAGCCUCAACCCCAGGCCAGGACUCCAGCCCAAACUCAGCCUCAACCCCAGGCCAGGACCCCAGCCCAAACUCAGCCUCAACACCAGUCCAGGACCCCAGCCCAACCUCAACCUCACCUGCAACCCAGGCAUCAAGCGCAGCCCCAACUGCAGACAAGGCACCCUUUGCAACACCAACUCCAGACUCAAUACAGACCACAACCCAGACAGUCUCUCGCCCAGCCUAGGCCACCCCUGUCCCAAUCCCAGUCCCAAGCACAGCCACACUUUCAGCGGAUUCAAACACAGCUGCGCCCCCAGCCCCACCCUCAGCUCACCAGACCACAUGUGCAGCACCUCUCAUCCCACUGGCCAUCUCCAAGCUUAACAAGGACCAACCUGGUCCCUGCUCAGCAGAACCAGAGUGAACAGCCCCAAGAUCUGAGCACCACACGGCCUGGCCGAGGAAGCCUGCCGCCGAGCCGAGAGGUCAGUGUGGAAGACAUCAGGGCGGAGGGGAGAGGGGAGCCGGCCAUGACGUCAGAAAGCAGAGAGGUUUUAGGAGGAGAAAGAGGGUCAAACAGCAACUCGAGACCUCCCAGCUCCAUGCCUACUGGACCUCCUGGAGUAGCCGGGGCCGGGGUCGGUCUUGUCCCUGGGGCAGAUGGUAGGGCCAGGCUCCGGGCAGAGCCAGAGGCAGUAGGUGAGGGCAGGGAGCUCAGAGACAUCGUCCCCCAGUCCGCCGUCCCAUGCCCCAGCCGAGAGGAAACCGUAGAGUCACGGACUGCCGUCAGCGAAAGAGUCAGCUGAUUGGUCGGGUCGGAUGAACAGGCUGACUUGAUCAGUAGACUGACGGACUGAGUCAGCACCAGGUGGAAGAGGAGUCUGACUGGGCUGUUCACGGAGGUUAAUGUUUUUACACUGUUUUCAGAUAGAAGGAUAGCGUCACACAGAGCUGGUAGGACUGUCGCAGCUUCUGCUCCGUCUGAUUCUGUCUGGAGACUCUGUAAAGUUCUGGAUUAGAGAACCGACCUGGACAGCUGGAGAGGAGAACGCAUAGCGUCUUUUUCUAGGAAAAACAAAUGAAAAGGAAAACCCGAUAAAAAAGUGUGUGUGUAUAUAUAAUCAAAAGGCAGCUGUUGUGUCCCGCUAGUCUCCGUGGGGAGGGGGGGGAGUAGUUUGGAACUAAAAACCAACGCUUAACAACACAUUACUCUGAACGAAACGUUGCUUCCGGAAUAUAACCUGUUUUUGUUUUUUUUUUUUUUGUUUUUUUAUUUCGUAUUUUGAUAGUUUAUUGUUUUGUCUCUGUUAUACAGCUUUAAACUCUGAUAUUAUUGACUGACGGUCCCUUACUCAUUGCCUAGCUGCUAACUGACAGUCCCUUAUUUAAAAUCCUGCUCUUAACUGAUGGUCUCUCACUAAAAGUCCUACUAUUGACAGACAGUCCCUUACUGAAACUAGUCCUUGACUGAAAGCCUCAGAGGUGAUGUGGGGUGGUGGUUUGCACCUUAAGCUGGUUUCUUAAAAGUCUCACAUUUGUUUUCCUCCCCAUUUUCCGUUAAACCCACAAUAAACAAAGAGGAGGGUCAGUAAUGUUUUCCAUCCACUUCCAGACUGCCCCCUACAGGUAGCCAAUCUGAUGUAUGAGUAUUUAUAUAGAAUUUGUGACUCUACACAGACCUUAUUCUGAACUGAGUCUUUGAUACCCAUUUUGAUCAUCGUUUGAAAUAUUUGAGCAACUUGAGGAGGUCUUGAUUCCUCUUAUCAGAAACUGAAACCGCCUCAAACACAGAUGAGUCAGUUGUUUGAUGAGAAAACCUCAAGCACUUCUCAUUCGUUUUUCAAGUAUUCCAAGCAAACUGUUCUUCCAGUUUAGAGAUACUUCCGUACUGGUCUUCAUUGAAUCUGUUUGUUUUGAUAGUCUUUCUGUUUAAAAGGAAGCACUUUUAAUGUCAAACCAAACCCACUUUUAUAGUAGCUUUAUUUUAGUUUUUAGUCUUAAUGAAAGAGUGGGAAAUGGACUCAUUGUUUAUUGUUUCUUCUUGUUGAAUGUCUGGAACAGUUUGCACUCCUCCAGUUUGUACAAUCAACUGCCUGCAUGUCGCUCGGAGACCCUGCAGGCCUUCAACCGGAGACGCACGUAUGCAGAGGUCGACCUUGCCAUGUUGGUGAUGUUGGUGUUCUGCAGAAGUAAAACCCUUAACGAGGUCUGGUUCAGCUUCAUGUGGAGUCAGAUACGCUUGAGAUGGCAACACAAAAACUAUCCAUUGAGCAGAAAACUAACUUUGAGUCUGUAAGUCCAGAUAUGAGAGCCUGAAAGAGAGAUUCAUGAGUGCAGAGCAAGUUAGGACAACAACGAGGACAGAACGGAGAGUGUAAGUGAUAUUGGAAGCUGGGGAAACUGAAAACGCAGAGCAGGCGCCAUCGGAAAAAAAAACUAGAAAAGCGACAUGGUACAAUAAAAUGGCCACAGAGGUACUGACAGACUGACGACAUCCUCAUGAAACCUCGCCUCUUUUCAUUUAACUAAUUUUCUAGCGGACCAGAAAAAUAAGGGUCUUGUGCUGUGUUCCUCACUGGUCGAUGCAGUAUUUACCUCUCCAGGGUCUGUAAUGUUACUAAACGAUGCCACCUUAGCUACAUUGGUAGCAGUAGAUUUAGUAACAACCCUGAAUCUUUAAUAGCUGCAUUUGCAGCUGUUAUUUCACCAUGUGAAUAUCUUUCUGUCUGGUCUGAUAUGAGGUCAGUUUGUUAUUGUACAGUUCUGCAAAUUUACAAAAACACGUCAUUAGUGUUUCCUCCAUCUUUUAGUCCAAGUAGUGGGCAACAGUGAUUGGCGGCACCAAACGGCGGCAGCAAACGUCCGAGCAGCAAAAACCAAAAAACUAUUUUUGAGUUGCAGUACCGCGAGUGACCACUGACUGACAGCCCCACAUCAGAUCUAUUAAUACAUCCAUGAGUUGAAGCCAGAUUGUAUCAUCUAAGAGUGUUUUCAAACUUAUAGGUGGUUUGUUCCUGCAGCGGAUGAGUUUGUAAACAUGGUUGUUCAGUUUCUUUUCAAACAGAAAAAAAGCGAACCAAAGUGCAUCAGAAAAUCCAGGUGAGAGUGUUCCGGUUAGUCACUGGUCAAAUGUGUCUGAGUGACAAAGUAAACACAGGAAGAAGGUCCUGAAGAUGCUCCCAUCUGCCUGAGGUCACUAGUAUACUUACUCCUGACCAGCGUGUACACAGCUGCAAUGUCAGCGUCAUUGUUCACAUGCUGGUGCACUCUGUGCGUAUCGGGAGGAUUACAAAGUACCGCCGCUAGGGGGCAGAUUAGGGCCUCAUCAUCGCUGGCUGAAAACUGAAUAUCUUCCUUCUGUUGUUUCCGUGUCUGCAAACAGAAACAAACAGAAACCAUGGCGACACUCGAGGUGGUUACAGUAUUGUUAAUGUUGGGAUCACGUCAGCGAAGACGGCAGCGGUGACAUCGUACUUGGUUUGUCAGGCAGACGAGCUCUAAAUUUUUCUCUUUCCUACUUUCUUCCUUUGUUGCGGUGAUUUAAAUCCGCUGCUGACCGUACUCUUUGAUACUGCCCCCAUUGGUCAUGUGCGGAACUGCAUUUCGUGGUCGUAUAUUGUUAAGUUCUGAGGAUGUGUGAAACCAAUGCUCCCAAGGAACUCAGGACAUCCAGGUAGCCAUGAUACACAUGCAAAGGUGUAGUUCAAAGCAAGAAUAUCAGCGGCUUUAGUAUCAAGAAGCUAGUCCAGGUACGACCUCUAUUCAUUCUCUGUUAACUGCUAGCAACUUGUGAGCAUGCAGAGCUCAGCUGACUGCAGGAUCAUUUGCCUCAAACCUGCAGAGUGUAACCUUGCAGUCGGGACAGAUCGAGGUCCGAUCACGUUCCCAUUGCAAACUCAGAAUUAAUUUGGGAACCAGACUGAGACCACUUCCUCUAAGGGGUUUUGGUGUGGUUGUCUUGGUCCGAGUACGAUUGCUCUGUUCAGAUCAGCCCAAACAAAUUGUACCAAGAGGGAAAAGCAACCAGAGUCUGAUUCAACCGGACUGAACAACAGAGGUUUGAAAAACUCCCUUCAAAAUGACUUCAGGCUGAGCGCUAGUUUAGCAGAGACUCAGCUGGACGCUGGAGCAAAAUAUGACUUGAGAUGAUUGUGUUUCCACACCUAACAACAACAACAAAAACAGGCAGUCUGUUCUACUCAGAAAUUUAGUUUAGUUCUUCUUCAUCAGCUUCUAGUUCAAAAUCCGCCUGGUUGACGCAAAGACUCCACCUGGUGGCAAAAACCAUGCACACCCAAAUCCACCCACAAAUAUCAGGACUGAGGUAAAGAAACUGAACCUUACAGCUCAAAACAAGCAGCCACAGCAGAAAAAUUACAAUUUAAACACCGCAGAUAUUCAGAUAAUGAAACUGCCGAAGAAUUACAGUAAAUUACACUAAAAAAAGAAUUGUGUUGUCAACAGCACCAAACAGUUUAAAAGAGCAAAUACAGCAACUAAACACGUCACCACAUAACUGAUCCAGACUCAGUUUUCUCAGCACUGUAAUCUUCACCGUUACUGCAAAGCUCUGUGAUUGGCCGUUUGUCAGUGAAAUGCACCCUGGGAGUCCUACUUGAAUUUUCUCCUUCAGUUUUCAUGUCCACAGCUUCUUGUAGCUUUGACUUUUUCCUCAAAGAAGCGGAUAUUUUCUGAAACCGCUGUUGCUGCCUGAAAUAACUCAUCACCUUUCACCACUGUUAGCUCCUCACUCCGGAAAUGACCAAUCAGUAUUUUGCACUCGAACCUGUUCUGCGCAUCUGAAUCUCUCUCAGAUCUGAACUUGCAGCUUCUGUUUGAAUGUUAACGCUCCUUCUGUACUUCUGAUAUGAGUUAACUUUACUUUUUGCACCUUAGUGUUGGCAUUACUCUUUGGGGAAGGCUCCAGCACUUUAGCAACGAAGUUGGAAAUUUGAGCUUUUCAACCUCAACCACAAAAAAAACAAAUAAGCGAAUGUCUUCAUCCUAAAUCAAUUAAAUGUGCCUCGUUCUUUAAAGUCCUCAUCCUGGCACCUCGUUGCAUCGUUGUGACCUCAUACAGGUGAUGUCGUUUGUAUCCACCUGAGGCUCUUCCCCUCUGCGUACGUGACGCUCCGCCUGCCGCCCAGUCUGCUCAGAGCAGCGAACCUGUUAGCAUGCUGUCUCUCACGCAGCUGCAGAAAUCAAACGUCCCUCUGUGAACGGACUCACUCCACAGGACUCGACCCGGCACAAACUACAGUAACCAGCCACCAUAUUGCAUGUUCCAGAGUUUAGUGCCUAUAAUAUUGUGCGUCUUGCCAGAAGCCACCAUGUCAGCCAAGCCAUGUUGUGUUUCUAGACUUAGUAGUGAUGUGUGUGGUGACUUCAUAGUUGCUAAUAUUGAGGAUGAAUAUUCUGCUUUUACUCUGGUUGGAAUUCAGUGGAAACUCCAAUACACUGUCGCUGUAGACAAAACUAGUUUUUACCUGUUUUCUUAUUUUUCUUUCUAACUAAAAGCGUUUGUUGUCCCCUGAUCUGUGGUCGUCUGACUGUUUGACUGUAGCUCAGCUCUCUCACAUACAAACACUUCCAGCAUCAGAGGGUGAACAGCAGAAGCCCUGUUUCCAUCACAGGCUGAACUGAACCGCUUCUCCGGGACUCGUGGCCGGGUUCGCCUCCUGAGGGGCCCCAGGUCAAAAACCCCCACUAGACACGUCGGUUUCAUUAUUUCCCCAGAAACCCACCGGUACUCUAGAAC